AUGGAUUCGGACACUGGGAGCUACUCUCGAGCGGCGAAAUUCUGCCUGCUGUUUCGUCUUGGGAAUCUGAUCGCAUCUGCCCGGCACAAACCAAUCCGCCCACCCGAUCAUGACCCGUCCUUCACUGCCAACAUUGCAGUUAUCAUACCUACCCUAGAAGGCUCGGGAGAACAGUUGGUUAAUACUCUGAAGUCAAUCCUGAGGAAUGAACCUCGCCAGAUCAUACUGUCAACCAUUGAUGAAAAUCGACAGAAAGCUGAGUUUAUAGCAACAUCAAUGCAGAAUCACAAAUCCAAAGUGGAAGUGACAAGCAUUCCUAGACCAAAGAAAAGUCGUCAGAUUGCAAUCGCAGUUAAGAGGGUUCGCACAGAUAUUGUUAUCCUUGCAGAUGGCGACGUUCUGUGGCCUCCAUGCCUUGUGCCAUGGAUUCUUGCUCCGUUUAAGGAUCCUCUUAUGGGAGGUGUGGCCACAUGCCAGCGUGUGCAGGCACCUAACAACCCAACGAUCUCCUUCCAGUACGUCUGGUGGUUCCUGGGCGCAUUGUAUCUAGAGCGAAGAAACUUCGACUGUACUGCAACCACUUAUAUGGAUGGGGGUGUUCCCUGCCUCUCGGGCCGAACGGUUGCCUAUCGCACGGAGAUCCUCCAAUCCUGCAUGGAAGCUUUUGUCAAUGAGACCUGGUUUGACAAAUCGCUCAACGCGGACGAUGACAACUUCCUGACGCGCUGGACGGUCACUCACGGAUACAAAACCUACUUCCAAUCCCAUCCCAAUGCCGAGGUUCUCACGACGCUAGAGGAGAGUCCGAAGUUCCUCAAACAAUGUGUGCGAUGGUCCAGAAGCAACUGGCGAAGUAAUCUGCGCAGCUUGUUCAUUGACCGGGCUGUCUGGUGGACGCGUGGGGGAAUCGCGAGGCUUUUCAGUUUGCCCAAACCGACGACAAUCGCCAAAGCUCCCUUCCUUUGCGGAGCUCAAAGUGGGAGUUUCAGAAUGAUGGAGGCUCAUUUCAUUCAGCUAUCCAUGCUUGGACGCUUGAUCCCGCAGAUGCACAGUUUUGGCACCGGCGCCUUCGAUGGCCCCUGGAGCAAGUACAUGCAUGCGCAGUUUUGGCACCGGUGCCUUAUUGUUGACCCGGGAAACGAUGCACUGUUGAAUCGAGAGAUGGGCUUCCAUUGCAACUGGUGGCUUGUUCUAAAAGGAUUCCGGGUUUGUGUGAUCCAGCUGCAGUUGUUGUGCCACGAAUUCUUUGCUUUGGGGAUUAUACAGUCCGGGUUUGGCUGUAUAAUCAUAGAUGGCCAGCUUGGUGAAAAUGUUACUGGCGCAUUGACAAAGCAAGAGCCAGUGCUCUUUAGCACACAAACCGCGAUUGACCCUGCUCCAGUGAACCCAGUCCUCGCUAUUCUUUGCCAGGACAGUGACAAAUUGUUGAGAAUGAAUGUCCGAUCGCCUUUGAAUCCUCCAGAUGAGGGAGAGAGGAAAGUGAUUGCUGCCGUUGCAUCAACAGAGAAGAUAUCUCAGCCUCCGUCAAUAACCCAAGGCCAGAUCAAUUUUCCACACAGGCGCCUUCCACCCCAACAGGCAAGAAACGGUCCGCCGCUGUCGUCGAAGAUGAGGAGCGUCGAAUUUCAGCGGGCUAUUCACAUGGCAAUGCCUCUGGUGAAAACCAGCCUUGGGGUGGUUCUCAUAUUCAAACCGGAAACACUGAACAUCUGCGAACACACUAUGAUUUUACAAUAUCAAACCCGGAUGCUCCAGCGACGCCGGGGGUUCCUUCCCACUCCCACUCCGGUUCAAAUUACCCCUGCUCCUGCCACAGUAUCUAGCACCCUAUUUCCUGAUGGUUGGGUGCCAGACCCAUAUGUCUCACCUCAGUUGGAGGAUGUUUUGAAAUUUAAAACUGCCUCAUUGGGCGUUCCGCAUGACCCCGAACCACCAGAAACAACUAUCAUGAUUCACCAUUAUGAUGUUGAGGAGUUGCCAUUCGAGAUAUUGACGUCAGAAGCUGCCAGAAUGUACGAUGUUAUUUUGACAACCGAAAUGAGAUGUCUUGCAGAAGAUGCAAAUAUCUCAUGUGUUGGAAAGUUGAGUGAAAACCAGUGGAUCAAUCUGGUCAAAUGGCAUCGAAGCCUCAUUGAUCACCACUAUGAUUUACUCAUAUGUACGCAACAUCCAAUCACCAACGGAGAAAUUUUGGCGAUUCCUGUUAAAUAUAACAUGCCGUCACGCAUGCUGCACCAAGGAAUCUAUGCCUUGCUAAAAAUCAUGAAAGCUCGACGACCGGACAGUCAUGAUUACAUGAUUUCCUUCAUCUACUAUGCGUACGGCCUAUUGACGCUGCUUAUAGAUAUGGUCCCCGGAUUAAAAAAUUUGUGGCUUGAAUGUCUUGGUGACCUGACCAGCUACAUGAUGUGUCUUGAGGAUACGGAUUCUGAUGAGAGGGAGACCUGGAAUGAAAUUUCAUCGAGUUGGUAUCACAAGGCCCUUGAUGAGAACCCUGGAAAGGGAAGUCUCUACCACCGACUUGGUAAUCUUUCAAAACCCAACAUGGGUGGGCAAUUGUUCUGUUACUCCAGGUCUCUUAUGGCAACCAAACGAUACGAAAGGUCAAAGAGCUCCGUUGAGUCUGCCUUUAACAUGGCAUUGAACUCGAUUCAGAAGCAGAAUGUCACCCCGCCAGACUUACCAUCUUGGUUUGUGAGCUCGCAUGCUAUGCUUCUUCGCGGUGGUUCAAUCCACAAGUUCAUUGAGUAUGUGAACAAGUACAUUGCCCUUUUUGACACCGAGAUUGAGCAACGGACUUUCAAAUUCGGGGAAUCAACAAUCUGCGUGGGAAUCCCCAACAUCGCUGCAAUGUUACAAUAUGGCGAGGAGGAUGGCACUCUCACAAGAAUGUUUAUAGACUCUCAAAAGCUGAGCUGGGAGGCUAGGUUAGAGCACGCUGAACAGUACUGGCUCCAGCUCCCUUCAGAACCUUCCCAAAACACUCUGAAAGAUGGCAUUCCUUCUGACGCUGCAACUUUCUCUACCCCCUUGGAGAAACUUACUUACAGCACAUAUCUAAAUUUUCAUACCCUCUCUUUUGUUCUUCAGCGUGCCCGGGGCGAAAAUAUUUUUCCUUAUGUCCACCUUUCCCUGGCGUUUAUUUUGAGCCUGGCAUUGAUUCCGGAAUCGAUGGCGUAUGUGGAAGGGGAAAUUCCGUGGACAAAGAUCACUAUCUUUCUGAACAUGUUAAGCCGCGAAUCUGUCAGCGAAUCCCGGCUUGAAAGUGUCAACUUCCCGAUCCCAACUGAAACGGAAUUCCCCCAAUUGCCAGAGGAUUUCCUCUUUCGAAGCCAGAUAUGGUCACAAAUAGUAUAUCCACCUGAUUUCUUCACAAAUGCUACCAUGAAGGACCACAGCGGUGGCAUAGACAUGCCCAGCACUCAAUCAGCCCGCAACGAGCGCUGUCUAUGGUAUGGAUAUCGUCUGGCAUCGCCUCAAAUGGAUGUCCCUACCUCCUUGUGUACCUCCCUGCUUAUCGCAGCCAUGAACGACAGGAUAGGCGACAUGGAACACUCGAAGUUGUUUGAAAAGAACCUUGGAAAUGCACUAGACCGAUUGUCCUACGAAAUAUGCGACGCCGGCCGCGACGACAGCGACAUCACUAGACUUCAAGACAUCUAUCAAACGCUUGAAUAUUCUAAGAGCAAGGUCGAGGAUGCCAGAAUACUCAAAGAAUGCACCAUGGACAAAACAGAAGCGGUGCUCAAGAAACUUUUAACCUCCAACGAUGUCGAUGUCAUAACUAAAGCCAAUGAGAGCCUCAUGCGCCUUCAGGCCUACCGGCGCGAAUGCGAAAAGGAACGUCAACAUGUUGAGAGUGAUGGCAGUUGCAGCGGGGAGGAGAAUGACUUAGCUGGGAACGUACCCCAAGGACCAAAGUCAAAUGGCAGCAAGGAUUUGCAAUCUAGCAGAAUCUGA